AUGAGCCCGCCGUGCAGCAACAACCUGCCGCCCUCCCUUGACACGGUCACCCACCUGGCCGUGGCCAUCGGCGAGUACUUGGGCAAUGAAAAGCGGGGCGUAGUUGUGUUCUAUGGUGUUGAAGAAAACUGCAUCCUGCUGGCCACCGUGCUGCUGCUCUACUGCAAGAUGUACUCGCGAAGCUAUCAGUGCUUUGAGGCCAUCCGCAGCAACUACCCGCAAGAACUUCCCCACCUCCCGCCCAGCUACCACGCCAUCCUCGACACGAUCGCCCUGGUGGCAAAUCGUGAUCCGGCGGAAAUUGUACAGAAACUAAAUACCCGGGUCGUCUCCCUGAAGUCGUUGUCGCUGAGCCCGAUCCCGGCGAUGAACCGCUCCCAAACCGGCUGCCGGCCCGUCGUCGAGGUGUUCAACGCCGGGAAGAAGAUCUACGCGACGGCUCAGCAGUACGAGGAUGCUGGCGAAUGCCUCGUCGAUCAAGGCUACGCCAAGCUGGAGCUGCGCGGGAUGCUGGUGAACGACGCCGUCACCGUGGUGGUCAGCCACGCUCGCCACUCGUCGAUGCACGGGACGAUGUCGUUGGUCCCCAUGUUCAUCAUCCACCUCGAGGUCCGGUUCCUCGACGGCAAGACGGCCAGCAUUGCCCUCCCCAAGGGCCAACUCGAUGUACAUAAAGACGCCCUCGAGCACAUUGACGAGAAUUUCAAAGCCACCCUGCUCUUCGACUACAAGUCGGAGAACACCAACAAGUUGCCGGCGGCGCUAAACUACGAGGCGCAGCUCGCCAAACCGACGCUGCUCUUCUUUGACAACAAGGAAUAUGAAACCUUCUACCAAAUGUGCGACCGUUCGUCUACUGAAUUACCGGAUUUCCCAUCACUGCCGGGUUACGCCUCGAUAUCUGGCGCCUCGGCGGCACCAAGACGCCCACCCGUGCCAAAAGCUGCCGAGAAAAAGCCUCUGCCGAAGACGGAACAGCCAAAAGGAGAAUUCUUUAGCUCCCUCUUCGAUGGCGCGCCAGCAGCCGCUCCGCAACCCUCGGCUUCUCACAUGCCCGAUUUCGACUUUGGCGCCGUCGAAUCGGCUCCGAAAAAACGUGUUGAUGACGCCGAGAUGCACGAGAGGAUGGCCGGGAUACGAGUCGGGGGUGAUCCGGAAGACGAGACCCCAAUCUUCCACGACGAAACUUACGCGCCGAUGCCUGGCCCGGCAAAAGCAGCCGAUGAUUUCGAUUUGCUCGGGUUGAGUGACCACAACGGCGGCGUCGCAGCAUCAUCAAAGCCCAGCACAUCUCCGGCAAACACGAACCCGUUCGAUCCAUUUGGUGAUUUGCUGGGAGGGGGAGCAGCAGCCCCCAGCCAUUCUCAACCUCAGAUGACGUCCGGGAAGACCGAUUUGCUAGAUUGGGGCCCGGCAGCCCAACCCACCCAGCCAAUCCAUCGCAACUCGUCGGCGCCGGCGUUCAAGCCCCAGCCCGCCGCCUUCGACCCGUUCGCCGACUUCAUGGCUUCAUCAACGAGCAAGCCGGCUUCGGGCCCGAAUUCUGGACGAAACACCCCGUCUACACAACAACAGCAGCAACCGCAAGCAGCACGGCCCAACUACUCGCGGUCGGCUUUUGAAGACCUGAACGCCAAGCCGAAAGCGAAGCCGGGCGCGGCUAAUUUUGACGACUUGUUAUCAGGGCACAACUUCACCUCCUCAGUCGCCAACAAAAACCGAACGAUGGGCGAUAUGAAGAAAGAGGUGGAAAACCUCAGUAUGGACCCGGUUUCGAUAAAGAUUCGCGACUGGACCUCCGGCAAACAGGGCAACAUCCGCGCGCUGUUGUGCAGCCUGAACGAUGUGCUCUGGGAGGGCGCCUCGAGAUGGGACCAACCGUCGAUGGGCAUGCUUUUUGAGGCGAAUGACGUGAAGAAGCAGUACCGCAAGGCGUGCCUUGUUGUUCAUCCUGACAAACAGACAGGCCAACCCCACCACGAACUCGCCAAAGCCAUCUUCACCGAGCUGAACAAGGGCUGGAAGGCGUUCGAGCAAGCGGAAGCCCAA